AUGGGCCAGAAGACAGUUCUCAUUACAGGUUGCAGUGAAGGAGGGAUCGGUGAUGCUCUCGCAAAAACCUUCCACAAGAAGGGGUUUCGAGUCUUCGCCAGCGGUCGGAAUACCGCCAAAGUCCAGCACCUCAAAGACAUGGGCCUCGAAAUUGUACAGCUGGAUGUCACCAACGAAACGUCAAUCAAACAAGCAGUGGCAACCGUCAAGGCUGCGACGGGUGGAUAUUUGGAUUUCUUGAUCAACAACUCGGGCGGUGGUUACAGCAUGCCCUUACUAGACUCAGAUGUGUCGGUCGCUAAGAAGAUGUUUGAUGUAAACGUCUUUGCCGUCGUCACCGUCACUCAAGCGUUCGCGCCUCUUUUGAUCGCCGCACAAGGGACAAUCAUCAACAUUGGGUCAGUCCUGGGCAAAAUGCCACUUCCAUGGCAGGGGUAUUACAACGCAAGCAAAGCUGCAGUUGCCAUGUUAACCGACCAGAUGCGCAUCGAGUUCUCCCCGUGGAAAGUCCGCGCAAUCCUCGUCACAACGGGCGCAAUCAGGACCAAGUUCCUGGACAACCUUGCCAGUGCACCACGUCUACCGGAGAACUCUCUCUAUUACCCUGCAAAGGAUGUGGUUGAGCCCUCAAUGACUGGAGCUGAGAUUGAGAAAAAUGCCAUGGAUGUCAAUUCCUAUGCCGAGAUCGUUGUCAACAACGCGAUCCGAUCAAGCCCUAAGAAGCAUCUUUGGUCAGGGGGAGGGGCCUGGAUUACUUGGCUGGCUUCAACGUUUGGCUGGUCGACUAUAUGGGAUACAUUGCUCCCUACUCUCGCCCACCUGCCGGAUAUUACCAACAAGAUCCGUGCAGGGGAGAAGGCCGAACAGGGUCGCCAGAAGGCAAAAUAA